CAAUGUGAUAACACUCGGAUUGUUCAAGAAUAAAGUUCAAAACUUGAUGGAUUUAGAUUCUGAAUGUGAUGAACCAAAAACAAUGUACAUGAAAGACGGUACACUUAGAUAUAUAUGCCCAAGAUGCGGUGUUAAGUAUAAAAAAAUCACAGCAGUUCGGGGUCAUAUGCGAGAAUGUGGUUUGGGAGCUCAAUGUCCUUUUUGCCCGAAAAUUGUAACACAGAGAAGAAAUUUGCCCAAACAUAUUGAAAGGCACCAAAAAAAUGUAUCAAACUUUCCAUCAUUGAAAAUAUUAAGUGUAGAAACAUUAAGUAAUGAAAUGAAAUAAACAUCUUUGUUUCUGUUUAAUUACUUCUUACAAUUUUUGUGAUUUAUUCAAUACAAAAAAAUUUGAUUUAUAAGUUACAAAAUGAAAAAAAAAAACAGUUGUAAAAUGGCAAGUCUGUUUCUGUUGUGAUAGUUCCUUAUGUUUAAUAUAUAUUUUUUCUUUAUGUUUAAGUUGCGUAUUUUUUUUACUUGUUUUUUAUAAAAGAAUAUAAACACGAAAUUAGUAUAUUUGAGGAUGUAUUGAUAUUAUUCAAUUUAUUACGAUAUUUUUUUGAUAAGGAUUGCAAGAUAUGUGUCUAAAAAAACAGUUAUUUAUGUGUAAAACUUAUUUAUUUUGUGAACUUAAUUUUUUUUUAAUUUAAUUAAAAGUGAAAAUUUUUUUUCUUUAAAAUAAACACCCAUAUUCUGCCAAUCGCGCCAAUUUUUGAUAAGUGUCAACACUGUUCCUGAAAAAUCAGAAACAGUUCAAAUACCUUUAAAUUUCCUACAGAAUUGCAAAAAAAAUUAAGUGUAUUUAAUAUAAUUAUAAAACAUAAAUUUUGUACAUAUUUAAAAUUUCAGAAUUUCGAAAAGGUUUACUGAGUAAUUUGAAUUGCAGUACCCGUUUAAAUAUUUGACAAUCAGAAAAACCUUUGGCAAUCUCUGGAUUAUCCUGCAAUAAUUCAAUUAAACGCUCAAAUUGUUUUGUAUUUGUUACUGUUUUUGUUCUGUAAAGUAGAAAAACCUCAAUCAGCAAUAUAAAAAAUAAUGAAAAAUUUUUACCAUAAAAUUAAUUUAAUAAUUUUUAUAACUACUAAAUUUGGUAAUUUUUAAAAUUAAUUUAUAUAAUUAAACUAUAAGUUAAAUUUAUGUAUUUACACUACUGGUGAAAAUUUAACUAAUCUAAACCUUGACAGUCUAUCGAAUGUAAAUAAUGAAGCAAUAAAAAAUGACACCCAAUGAUUUUGACAAUUGCCAUCAAUCGAAAUUUCGUUAUUACGUCUAAGUGCUAUUCUAGUAUCACUUCAUGCGAUGUUUGCUUGGCAGCAGAAUAUGGGUGAAUGAUUGAAGUUAAAAUUUUUUGAUAUAAAAACGGUUUUUUUUAUUACCCUUAAAAUAUUAACUUGAAUAACUUUUAAAAAAAAUUAAUGUAAAAAUGUUUGUUAUAUUUAACAUAAUCAACAUUUCUCUUUUGUAUUAUAAAUAGAUAGUUAUAAUAUUUUAAUUCAGUUGAUAUCAAAAAUAAAUUGUUGUGCAUAAAAGGAAUAAGGUUAUGGUUAAUAUUAUAUUAUCAUUAUAAAUUCACUGAAUUUAACACGUUAUAACAGCUUUCAUACAAUAAUACAAAUUAAACUUUUAAGACAGCUGUCGAUUAUACAUACAUAUACUUUUAUUAAUACUUGUACAGUAAGAAGCAAUGGUUAGUUUUGGGCGGAUAUCAUGUUGUCCUCUAAUUUAUUUUUAUUUUAUAUUUUUAUAGAAAAUGGGAGAAAUGUUUUUCAUACUUUUUAAGAAAUAUUUUACAAUUUUUUUGUGAAAAAAUUUAAUUUUUUUUUGUUUCUUCUUUUUUCUUUUUUUUAUUUAAUUUU